AUGUAUCCUAAAUCAUUUCAUUCGGUUCGAUUAUUAUUUAUUGUUAUUUUUUCAGCUUGUUUGAAAUCAUUUUCGCUUGUAUAUCGAGCAAGAACAAAUGAUAAUGAAACAUUGUUAGGUGAUGAUGAUGUUCGAAUAUUGAAACUUUUUGAAGCAAAUGACAAUCCUAAACCAGAUGAACGAAUAAAUUCAACCACAUUGAUAUCUAUAUCAGCAAAUUGUGUUUUAUAA